AAGCAUUGUCUAGGUGAUGUUGACUCUAUGAUAAGUAUGGCACUGGAAGCCAGUGGACAACUGCGUUCUUUAACAUUAAGUGGUGGAACUGAACGUCGCACGGCAAGUAUCUCAUUUCCUGAAGUAAUAUGUGAUUCAACCAAGUUCAAAUAUGUAAAGGUUCUCAAAUUCGAGGGUUAUCGUUUCAUGGGCAAAGGUUUGCCUGAAGGAAUAAAGAAGCUGGUCAAUUUGAGAUUCCUCAGUCUAAAGGGCAGUGCCUUGGAGACACUUCCAUCAUCCAUAGGUCAAUUACAGUACCUGGAGACACUUGAUAUACGAGUCUUUCCUACGAUUACGGUGCCUGAUGUCUUGUGCAAAUUGAAAGGAUUGAAGCAUUUGUAUUUUUCUCCAAGGACAGAAGUAGAAGGUGGAUAGCUAAGCUUUCUUGGCUUAAGUAAGCUGGAGACUUUAGUUGGCUUUGACGAUGAUGUCGGAGACUUGAAACAUUUGUCAGGGUUGAAUAAUCUAAGGUUCCUCGGUGCAAUUGUGAAUAUCCGUAAAGAGAAGAACGAUCUCCCUCAGAUGCUCAAAUACUUGAAUUCCAACCGACACAAUCUACGGGAGGCUCAAUUGGAGAUUUAUGCAUCCGGUGAAGUAUUGCUUCCUUUUCUAGAUCUUUUGUCCUGCCACUGUCUCCACCAAUUGAGCUUGUGGUGGGGAAGGUGUGAGUUUCAAAAAGUUGAACCACCCCUUUCCCCCUCGAACCUCAGUGAGCUAAGUUUGCUGCAGUGUUCAAUUGAAGGAGAUCCAAUGAGUGUCUUGGGAGAUCUUCCCAACUUGAGGAGACUGCUUUUUCUUCUUGUGGACUUGGUGGAUAGAAAAGUGAUGAUUAUUGAUGCAAAUGCUUUUCCAAAACUCGCAUCUCUGGAGAUCAUUGGCAUAAAAAACUUAGAAAAGUGGGUGGUGGCUGAAGGAUGCAUGCCUAACCUAUCUCAUCUUACAAUCGAUAGAUGUGAAGCACUGGAGAUGAUUCCUGAUGGGCUGAGGUUUAUUACAACACUCAGAAAGUUGGAAAUUAAAAUGCCUGAAGAAUUCAUCGUCCAAAGAAUUCAUGGGAUCGAUGGGCGUGGAGGACCGGAUCAUGACAAAAUCUGUCACGUCCCCGUGAUUGCAAUUGAAUCUUUCCUCCCUCCAAAGAAUUCAUGGGAUUGAUGGGCUGGUUUGCUUUUUAUAGUCUGAAAGUGCCAAAUUAACUGGUUUGCUUUCAUGUCAUUGCUUAAUGUGUAAUUUCAUGGGUUAAUUACUAUUUAUACCGAGUGGUUUUGGUUUCAUUGAACAAUCCCCUCAUUGUUUUCCAUAAUGUUCACAUUUUUUUUUAAAGAGAAUCAAUAAUAGUUUCCUAUUUACUCUU